AGCCCAAUAAUCAGUUUACUCGGGUUAAGGAAAAUAAAUAUUACGAAAAAGGAGCGAACAAUUCCACCAUCACGAAUCGCGAUUUUUUUUUGAGAUUACGGAAGCUUCGCUUGAUUUGGGAUUUUUAGGGUUUUCUUUCUCCGAAGACGACUCCGAGAGACCAACAGUGAUUUGACAAUGACGCUACCUCCAGGUCUUUACUCCGGCACCAGCUCUCUUGCUCUGGUGGCUCGUGCUUCGGCUUUUGGGUUGGGUCUCGUCUAUGGGAACAUGAAGCUCAAGGUCCUUAAGAUCAAAUCGAUGUCACAGAAGAAGGUUGAAGCCACCGCUCAUCAUUAAACCACUCUUCUUUCUUUACAAUAAGAUGCCAAAAGCUGGGGGUGAUGUCUCCCCGGUUAGUUUGAUUUCUUCUUUCAUGAUUCAUCCUUUAGCAUAAGAAGGAACAAAUGUGUUUUUGAAAAGCAUAUUAUACGGUUUUAAGACCUUUUUGGAGCCAUAAUUGCCAUUGGCUUAAAACCCGAGUCAAGAACAUCUUUCCAUUUGUUGUCAUCCAAUAACACCGUUCACAUUCACAUACACCUCACCUCUUAACCAGAUUAUCUAUAACACUAAGGACCUCAGUGUCCCGGUUUUGCGUUAUAUACUUCGUUUUGCAAGAGUCCUUAUAUUACUCUACUUGGUCCCAUUGGACACAAUCUAAGAAAGGGAGAAAAAAAUUGGUCCUAAAAAGCAUGUUCCAACUUCUUGUGUAUCUGAG